UUCACUUCCAUUUCUCCUUGCAAAUUUCAUUUCUUUUUCCCCAUUUUGUGGUAGCUUUUUAAGCACGCAAAAGUGGUGCAUGCAGGCUUCUUUUCUUCAAGUACUUUGCUUUACUCGCCAUUUCCUGCCUCCUAUAUUUAGCUUAUUACUCUUUUGGAUAUUCGUUCUUUUGUGUUCAUUGUUAACAAAGAACAAAGAUUUUGAAUUCAACAGUAUUAAUGGGGUUGGAGAAGAAAGAUCAAAUCCUAGGAAAUAAUGAAUUGAAUUCUGUAAAGCUCAAGUACGUGAAGCUUGGUUACCACUACUUAAUCUCCAACGCCAUGUAUCUCUUUCUUGUGCCGCUCAUUGUAGCUUCGGCUCAUCUUUCUGUCGAAGAUUUCAUCCAUUUGUUGAACCACCUUAAGCUCAAUCUCAUAUCAGUCACACUAUGCACUGCGCUCACGGUUUUCCUUGCAACCCUUUACUUCGUGGCUCGUCCCAGACAAGUUUAUCUGCUGAAUUUCGCAUGUUACAAGCCCCCUCCAGCUCAUUUGUGUAGCAAAGAAACUUUCAUGGACAGGUCUAGGCAAAACGGGGGUUCGCAAGAAAGUUUAGAAUUUCAAAGGAAGAUUAUGGAGAGAUCAGGGCAAGGCCAAAAGACUUAUGUCCCAAAAUCCUUGCUGCAAGUCCCAGCCAACCUGACCUUCGAGGAGGCUAAGAAGGAGGCAGAGAUGAUAAUGUUUGGAGCUAUCGACCAACUGUUAGCAAAAACUAAGGUAAAUGUUAAGGAUAUAGGGAUUCUUGUUGUGAAUUGUAGCUUGUUCAAUCCUACGCCGUCCUUGUCAGCCAUGGUCGUCAACCGCUACAAGCUCAGGGGGAAUGUUUUGAGCUAUAGCCUUGGUGGGAUGGGCUGCAGUGCUGGACUUAUUUCCAUUGACCUGGCCAAACGCUUGUUACAGGUGCAGCCUAACUCGUCUGCGCUUGUAGUGAGUAUGGAAAGCAUGACUCUUAAUUGGUACAACGGCAAUAAUCGCUCAAUGCUCAUCACAAAUUGCCUCUUCCGCUUGGGUGCAGCGGCGAUCCUCUUAUCAAACCGAUUAUCUGAUCGUUUUCGUUCAAAGUACCAACUCAUUCACACUCUGCGCACCCAUAAGGGCGCAGAUGACAAAUGUUACAAUUGCGUCUUUCAAAAAGAAGACACUGACAAAAAACUUGGCAUCGCACUCUCCAAAGACUUGUUGUCGGUGGCCGGAGAAGCCCUUAAAACAAACAUCACAACAUUGGGGCCAUUAGUCCUGCCCCUAUCUGAACAAAUCCUGUUUUUCGUGAAUUUAGUCGCGAGAAAGGUGUUCAAAAUGAAGAUAAAACAAUAUGUUCCCGACUUUAAGCUGGCUUUCGAGCAUUUCUGCAUACAUGCUGGUGGGAGAGGGGUGCUGGAUGAGCUAGAGAAGAACCUUGGGCUCAGUAAAUGGCAUAUGGAGCCCUCAAGGAUGACUCUUUACAGGUUUGGGAACACUUCUAGCAGUUCUUUGUGGUAUGAACUGGCUUACUGUGAGGCUAAGGGGAGGAUCAAGAGAGGUGAUCGGGCAUGGCAGAUUGCAUUUGGGUCAGGAUUCAAGUGCAACAGUGCUGUGUGGCGCGCAUUGCGAACCAUUGAUCCGGCAAAGGAGAAGCAUAAUCCUUGGAUGGAGGAGAUUGAUGAGUUUCCUGUUGAGGUGCCUGAAGUGGCAUCCAUUGUUACUUAAGACAUUUUCUUUCUGGCAAGAAAAUUAUAAUAUAUGCAUGCGUGUGUGUAUGUGUUGUUUCCGUAAUGGAUUUUUUUUUCCUUCGUUUGGGUUUUGGCUUUGAGAAGCUAGUGUCAUAUACUUUUAAGUUCACACUCUGUAGGUGACAAUAAAAAUUACCUUUGAACUCAAAAUUCAAGAGUGAUUGUUCUAAAAUUUAAUGAUAAUUUUUAGCUGCUACGUUAGAAA